AUGUCGAUGUACACGCUCGCCAAGGAGCUCUUCCCGCCCACAGGCAUCGAGCGUGUAGUCCGAUGCAACUUUAUUCGACCUGACAUCCUCAAUGUGAUCGUGUCCAAGUCGACCGUCCUGGAGGUGUACAACUUUACAGAGCCGGCUCAAGCUGAUCAGCUGCCUCGUCUUGAACUGGUGGCAAGCUAUAGGUUCAAUGGUGUUAUCACGUCGAUGGGGGUUAUUCGAACGAGCUCUUCAGGCCAGCAUGGACUUGACAGCAUCUUGGUCAGCUUCAAGGACGCCAAGAUGUCCCUGUUGGAGUGGUCGUUCUCGACUCACAGCAUUGUCACAGUGUCGAUCCAUUACUACGAGCGUGAUGAUUACAAGCAAGAGUUUUUGAACAACUCGCACCCAACAGAGAUCCGCGUGGACCCAUCGCGACGCUGCGCUGUCCUGACGUUUUACGGAGAUCGACUUGCAGUGCUGCCUUUCAGACAGGAUGAAAUUACAAUUGGCGACGAGGACGACGCGUCCAAGAAGUGGCCAUAUCUGCCAAGUUAUGUGAUGUCGCUCUCCGACAUUGACUCCAAAAUCAAGAACGUUAUCGACAUGGUUUUUCUCUACGACUUUUUCGAACCUACACUCGCCAUUCUCUACUCACCUCAACAAACGUGGACCGGGCGAUUGGCUGUUCGCAAGGAUACAUGCUCACUUGUGGUUGUUUCUCUGAAUAUCAUGCAAAAGGUGUAUCCCAUCAUCUACUCGAUUGACAAUUUGCCCUACGACUGCACUAAAGUCAUCGCCAUGCCAAAGCCUGUCGGAGGACUCUUGGUAGUGUCGGCCAACGCGCUCAUCCACCUCGACCAGGGAUCUUCAGGCAUGGGAGUUGCUGUCAACGGUUAUGCACCAUUGGUGACAAACUUCCCUCUUCAGGAUCAAUACCACUUUGACAUCGCUCUGGAAGGCUCGCAGCAUGUGUUCCUAGCACCGGACCAAAUUCUCUUUACCCUCAGGAACGGUGACAUGUAUGUGAUUGAGCUCCAGCAGGAGGGACGUUCGCUCUCGGGAUUCAAGAUCGAGAAAGCAGGAACAAGUAUGCAGACGUCUUGCAAAUGCGCUCUUGGUGCAGGAUAUUACUUUGUUGGCUCUCGCUAUGCCGAUUCGAUGCUGAUCAAGUACUCUACCAAGGACCAAGUCAAGAAGAAGAAAAAGACUGUCCCGAUCCCUAUCAACUCAAUGGAUCUUGACAACGAGUUGUAUGGACAAGCUGCAGAGCCGGUUGCGGAUCAAAAGGUUGACAAGUCCAAGGACGAGAUCGAGGAUGCAAUGGAUGCAGGAGAGUCAAAAUGGCAGUUUGAGAUCUGUGACACCAUCACCAACACUGGACCUAUUAUCGCAGCAGACAUUGGACAGCGAGCUAGCAAUGAAUCACACGCCGACUUUCCUCCUCAGCAUGAGCUUGUUGCUGCCACUGGAUCGGGACACAACGGUGCCCUUGUGGUAUUCCAGAGAAACAUUCGCCCAGAUGUCGUCCGAUCAACAGAGGCUUUGGCUGGAUCCGAUUCUCUGUGGACUGUAUACUGCCGCAAAGAGAUCAUCUUUGAAGGCGUCUCACAGUUUGAGAGCCGUACAGGGUCAGGAACAGGAGAGGGCGACGAUGACAACUAUGACAAACUGUUGAUCGUGUCAAGAGCGAACAACACUCUGGUGCUGGCAACCUCAGGAGACGAUUUGCGACAGCUGCCAAACUCUCAGUUCUUUGUGCAAGGUCCCACCAUUGUCAUUGGAUCUAUUUUGGAAGAGACACGGAUAGUACAGGUCUACGCUGGAGGCGUUCGUCUCUUGAACGCAGACUGCAAGGUUACACAGAUCGUGCCUAUUGGCGAGCAUCUUUCGGUUGUCACAGCAAGCAUCAUGGACCCCUACAUCUUGCUUCAGCUUCACGACGGAUCUGCGCUAAUGUUGAAAGGUGACAUGACUACCAAAGAUGUCACCGUACUGAACCAGUCGUCCAUCCUCAAUACACUGCCGAUCAAGAGCUGCUGCGUGUACGCCGACUCCACCAACACCAUCUUGACUGUGAAGGAUGCACCUACAAUGGCAUCCUUGCGAGCAUCAGCCAAAACUUCCUCUGCAUCCUCUAAGCCAAGUGCGGCUGGCACCUGGACGAAAAAUACCAAGAAGGCCAAGAAGGAAGCUACUCGAGUCAUGGACGACAUUGACCUGGACCUCUACGGACCUGAGCCAGAUGAAGAGGAUGAAGAGCAGAGCGAAGAGGAUGAUAUUGAGAUGGAAGGAUCUGCUGGCGCCAACGAUAUUCCAAUGGGAGAUACUGACAUGGGUAACGCUCAGUCCAAGUCCAAGGCAGCUAUGGCCAACCCUGAGGGCCACUCUAUCCAAUCGACCCACUGGUGUCUCAUUUAUCGUACAGAUGGCGCUCUCGAGAUCUACCAACUGCCUGACUUCAAGGAAGUCUUUUUCUUCCCGCACUUUGACCUCUUGCCCGAUGUUCUGCCGGAUGCACCGGCUCACCAGGAUAUCAAGCCAGCUGGACAUGCACGCGAGAUUUCUGAGAUGGUGAUGGUGAACAUGGGUACACGACAAAAGAAAGAGCCAUAUCUUGUGGUGAGAACUUAUCGCGGCAACAUUGCAGUAUACAAAACGUACCAACACUUCCCUACUAUUGAACUUGACGCGAAGGGUCGUCCCAUUGAUCUCACUGAUCGCUUGGCGAUCCGGUUCAGGAAAGUGCCCCUGGAUGUAGUCGCCCGUGAGACACCUGAUGAGGACGACCUGGACGACCGGAACAACUCAUCCAUGGACGACGACAGUAAAGAUGCUGUCGAGAGAGAAAUCAGCCGACAGGAGAGGAGGAGACAGCGGAAACCCAAGAACCUGAUCCCCUUCUCUGAUGUGGCUGGCUAUGAAGGUGUGUUUGUCCUGGGAGCCUCCCCACUUUGGAUCAUGAGCUCUGGAAAGGGUUUGCCCAGAGUUCAUCCCAUGAUUUGUGAUGGCAAGAUUGGAUGCUUUACACAGUUCCAUAACCUGAACUGCAAACAUGGAUUCAUCUCGUUGAACGCGCAGGGCCACAUGAGAAUCAGUCAGUUGCCUUCGAAUGGCAUUCAGUACGAUAUGCCCUGGCCGAUCCGCAAGGUCCCUAUGAAGAAAGCUGUGCGCCACAUUAGAUACCACCCUACCUCUCAGACCUACAUUGUCGUGACAGCUGUUCCUGAUCCCUUCAUUGUCAAGGACGAAAACAACGUGGCUGUUCACGACGGCACAACUCCUGCCGCCACGACAGCAGCUGGAACAGCUGUUACAAAUGCGAAUGGUAUACCCAUGCCUACAGCAGGUACUGCUCCUGCGGCUGCAGAUGCGACACUUGAAGGAGCAACCUCCGCCGACCCGACCGCGUCGAUCGCAGCAGCUGCCAAGCUCAAGUCCUCAGGACCUGGAUUCAGACCUUCUUCGGAUAGACAGACCUUGGAGCUUGUCUCUCCAGUAACAUGGGAGACUGUCGAUCGGUACCAGCUGCAGGAGUAUGAGAUUGUGACGAGCAUGGAGACUGUGAGCCUGGAAUCAACUCAGGACGCGUCGGGUCGCAAGAAGUUUAUGGCUGUCGGCACAUCCUUCAUCAAGGGCGAGGAUUCGACCAUGCGAGGAACCAUUUAUAUUUUCGAUAUCAUCGAUGUCGUCCCAGAGCCCGACAACCCUCAGACGGACCACAAGCUGAAGUUGCUGUAUAGUGAAGAGGUCAAGGGAUCAGUGACGGCCAUGGCAGCCCUCAACGGGUAUCUGUUGACGUGUGUGGGUACCAAGGUUUUGGUCCGCAGUUUUGAGGAUAACGAGACGUUGACGGGAAUUGCCUUCAUCGAUGUCCAGAUCUACGUCACCAGUGUCAGAGUAGUUAAGAACACGAUCAUGUUGGCGGAUGCGUACAAGAGUGUCUGGUUCGUUGGUUUCCAGGAUGAGCCAACAAAACUGGUAAUGUUGGGCAAGGACUACAAUCCUAUGGAGGCGAUGAAUGUCAGUUAUUUAAUCGAGAACCAGACGCUCAACAUUGUUGUCGCGGAUUCAGAGAAGAACAUCCGUCUCUUGCAAUACGCACCAUUCCAUGUCCAAUCGUUCAGUGGUCAAAAGCUGAUCUGCAGAGGCGAUUACCAUGUAGGCUCCCAGAUCGAGACAACGCUUUCAGUCCCUAAGAUCGUACUCUCGGGCUCCGACGAAGGAAUCAGCCAUCUGACCAUCUGUGGAACCCUCGACGGCAGCCUCUGCAUGAUCACGCCUAUCCCUGAAAAGACCAGCAAACGCCUUGCGCUCCUGAGCUCCCAGAUCGUCAAUGGAGUUCAACACCCCGCUGGGUUGAACCCACGCGCGUUUCGACUGCUGCAGUCCAAGGAUCGACUCAAUUCGAACCCUGUCAAGGGUAUCUUGGAUGGCGAUUUGUUGUUUGAGUUUGUGAACUUGCCGGCGAACCGACAGAAGGAAAUGACGAAGCAGAUUGGAAGUGGUGUUGAUCGGGUGAUGGACGAUCUUGCAGGUAUUGCUGUUGCCGCUGAUCACUUCUGA